AUGGAAUUCGAUAAAGAAUCUCAAAGGCCUGUCUUACCCAAGGACCUUUUUAGAAAUGGCUUGACAUGGAUGUUUUAUGAAAUUUCGAAGCAUCGCUUUCCUUGGGUGGUCUCGUGUCUAUGCCUGGUCGCUGGAUGGGUAGUACUAUAUGGGAGUAAUUAUAUUUAUAAAGAUGUGUCUUUGGGUUCCAUGAUUUCCACUCUUCUCUGGAUGCUUGCGCUUUUACUCCCCUUUUCAUGGCUACACAAUUCGAAAUUGCAUCCCAAGAUUAUGACAGAAUUGGUUCAGCAAGUGUUGGAAUCGAAUCCUGGUGUUGAUAUCGAGAAAUGGGACGAAAUUGCGAAUAGAUUAAACUCUUCCUUUUACCAAGAACAUUUCUGGAAUACACCAUAUUUUUUUUAUGAUGGUCAAGGUCUCCAACUUUUGUUCAAGGCUAAUGUUUUAAGGCCAUAUCUCGAAGGGAAACUUGACGAUAUUACCGAUACGGACAAGACUCAAUCAGCAAGGUGUUAUUUGCAAUCACUAAAUGAGAAGUUUGAAUUAUUAUUAAAGAACAAUUUGCCAGAAACCGGUUUAAAUUCUAAACUACCCAGAGAUACCCACAGAUAUAAACUCUUCUUUUACCCACAAAGUUUGAUCUUCGGAUUCUUUAUUUGCUGUUUUCAAGGUCUCACUUGGUUUAUGAUACUACCAGAAAUUAAAAGAAAAACAUUGUUCGCCUUGAUUAUGAUCAUGUAUUACCAGUAUAUGUCUUUGAUAUGCUACUGGAGUCUCUAUCGUUUUAUGGAUCCACAGAUGGAUAUAAUCCAAACAAUGAAAUGCUUGGCGAUAAUAGCAAAAGUUAACCCUGGAAAAGAAUUGGAUAAAUGGGACCAAAUAUCCAAGUAUAUGAAUCAAUAUUUAACUGAGGAAGAGAAAAAUGGUCUUUUUAAGAAUAGAUUUUUUGACGGUAAGCAUUGCUUGGACUUUUACAAGACUUGCUUUGAGCCUCUUUCCUUCAGCGAUAGUUCUUUGGCAUACGGCGAGUUAAAAGAGAUUGUUGAGAUUGUGCAACCAAAUGUGAGCGGAGAAACAAAUCAAUGA